GGCGGAAGCGGGGCGGGCAGUGCGACGUGUGCGGGGAGCCGGGCCCGGCCCCGCCGCUGCCGCCAUGCUCGAUUUCUUCACCAUCUUCAGCAAAGGCGGCCUCGUCCUCUGGUGCUUCCAGGGGGUCCGCGGCCCCGCCGCCACCGCCCCCGUUAACGCUCUCAUCCGAUCCGUCCUGCUGCAGGAGAGAGGUGGCAACAACUCCUUCACCCAUGAAGCUCUCACACUCAAGUACAAACUGGACAACCAGUUUGAGCUGGUGUUUGUGGUGGGGUUCCAGAAGAUCCUGACCCUGACCUACGUGGAUAAGCUGAUAGAUGACGUCCAUAAGGAAUUCCGGGACAAAUACCGCAACGAGUUCCAGCAGAAGGGCACCCUGGGGAUCCUCAAUGGCACCUUUGACUUCAAAGAUGACUUCAUGCGCCUCCUCAGGGAGGCAGAGGAGAGCAGCAAGGUGCGAGCUCCCACGGUGAUGAAGACGUUUGAGCAGUCUCUGAAGUCCCAGAAGACUGUCAAGUGUAUGAUAGAAACCCGAGGAGAGAAACCAAAGGAGAAAGUCAAGAACAAGAAGAACAAAGGUUCCAAAAAAGAGGGAACCGAAGCUGUGGCAGCAGCUGGGAAAGCCUCAGGGGGUGAGAAGCAGGCACCCUCUGCAUCUGGGGACAGGGAGGAGCUGACCAAGGAUGAGAUCCUGCAGAAGAACCGUGAGGAAUUCUUCAAGAGACACAGCAAAGCAGGGGAGAAGUCCAGAUCUCCCAAGCCCGAGGCACAGAAGGAGAAGGGGAAGAAGCCCCGUGUGUGGGACCUGGGGAACUCCAAUGCCAAAGUCUUGGAUUACAGCAACUCUGCCGCCAACGGCAGCACCGAGGCCUCUCCCCUGAAGGAGUUUGACCCCGAGACAGCCCUGGGGGAUCGGAACCGGGAGCCCGGACGCCUUUACGACCUCGAGUACGAGAGUGAUGAUGAAGCUGAAGAGGAGAAGGUGGUUCAGAACCCUUCAAAACCCAGUGCCAAGAAGGGCGGCUUGGGGGGCAUGUUUGGCAUGCUGAAAGGCCUGGUGGGCUCCAAGAGCUUGACCAGAGAGGACAUGGACCCCGUGCUGGAGAAGAUGAAGGAUCACUUGAUCGCCAAAAACGUGGCAGCGGAGAUCGCGGUCCAGCUCUGCGAGUCGGUGGCCAAGAAACUGGAAGGGAAGGUGAUGGGGACCUUCACCACGGUGACCUCGACAGUGAAGCAGGCCCUGCAGGAGGCCCUGGUGCAGAUCCUGCAGCCCCAGCGCCGCGUUGACGUCCUCCGCGACGUCAUGGAUGCCCAGCGCCACCGCCGCCCCUACGUCGUCACCUUCUGUGGUGUCAACGGGGUGGGCAAGUCCACCAACCUGGCCAAGAUCUCCUUCUGGCUGAUCGAGAACGGUUUCAGCGUGCUCAUCGCCGCCUGUGACACGUUCCGUGCCGGGGCGGUGGAGCAGCUCCGCACGCACACCCGGCGCCUCAACGCGCUGCACCCCCCGGAGAGCCACGGGGGCAGGACCAUGGUGCAGCUCUACGAGAAGGGCUACGGCAAGGACGCCGCCGGCAUCGCCAUGGAGGCCAUUUCCUACGCUCGCAACCAGGGCUUUGACGUGGUGCUGGUGGACACGGCGGGGCGCAUGCAGGACAAUGCCCCUUUGAUGACAGCCUUGGCCAAACUCAUCGCUGUCAACGCUCCCGACCUCGUCCUCUUCGUGGGGGAAGCACUGGUGGGAAAUGAGGCUGUGGAUCAGCUGGUCAAGUUCAACAAGGCCCUGGCUGACCACUCCAUGGCCCAGACCCCGCGGCUCAUCGAUGGCAUCGUCCUCACCAAAUUUGACACCAUUGAUGACAAGGUGGGAGCAGCCAUCUCCAUGACCUACAUCACGAGCAAGCCCAUCGUUUUCGUCGGUACCGGGCAAACCUACUGUGACCUGAGGAGCCUCAACGCCAAGGCCGUGGUCGCAGCGCUCAUGAAGGCCUAAAAAAAAAAAGAGGAGGAAAACACCCAAACCCCACCAAAUUGCUGUCUGCAGAUGGCCAAGAAGAACAUGCUUUAGUUUUUCCCGUGUAGCUCAGAACCAAAUGAGGGGAGCCCAAGGUGGGAUAAGGGUUUUUUUGGGGGGAUAAUAUCCCUUUUCUCCAGGAAAAAGCUUUCCCCCUGGGUUCCUUCGUUGUGAAGCCACGCAGGCUCCCGGGUGGGAGGUUGGACCCAGAGCUUUGUAUUCUUUGUGCUGCACAGAGCUGGGGGGCAGUGUGAGGGCCUGCUGGGGUUUUGUUUUGUUUUUGUUUUGGGGGGGGGAUGUUUGAAAGUGAUUUUUGUUUUUUUGAGCUGCUUUUGAUCAUUUUUGCUUCAGACCAGCUGAAGGAGUGGUUUGAGUUGGGAGAGUGGCUGUGGUUGGUGGCAGUGGUAGGGCUGGUUGGUGAUGUUGCUUCUGGGGGCAGCUCCACCCAAGCUGAUAAACCAAAAAAACCCCAAAACAGGCUGGGAGGGAAGGGGGGAGAAAUGCAAAAUUUGCCUUAAAGGUCCCAAUUUCUGUCAUCCCCAGGACUCUGCAGCAGGGUCCUUGGAGGUGGUGGGGUGGGAGAGCUGCAGCAGCUUGGUCCCAUUGUGCUAAUUGUGGCCUGGCUCCUCUGAUUGAGUAAAAA